UGGUAUAGUAGUUGUGACUUAUUCACACUAUAUACAUUUGGCUUCCGCAACAUAUAUAAAUUAAAACCACAAAAUGUUGAUGUUUACAAGUGUGUUUUCCUUUUUCAGCUCGUGAAAGAGUUAGGUUAUCCAGUGAAAUAUAUCGUCCUUCCUACAUUUGCAUAUGAGCACAAAAUAUUUGUUGGCCCCUUUUCCAGAAAGUUCCCAAAGGCUGAGGUAUGGGUAGCACCAAGGCAAUGGAGUUGGCCUUUAAAUUUGCCUCUUGAGUUUUUUGGGAUUUUCCGUGCAAAAACACUAAAAGAUGAGGAUAUGUCGACACCAUGGGCUGAUGAUAUUAAGCAGAAGGUUUUGAGCUCUCCAGAAGUUGGAAUUGGACCAUAUGUUGAGGUGGCUUUCUAUCAUAAACGGUCAAGGACACUGCUGGUGACAGAUGCUGUGAUAUUUGUCCCGAAGACUCCACCUGAAUGUAUUAGCAAAGAAUCCUUGUUAGCAUCUGCAGAGAAUGGUUUGGCUGUUAAACUACUUAGUAAAGGAAAAGAAGUUUCUGAUGAACCUGUUGUUGACAACAAAAUCAAUCGACAGAAAGGAUGGGAGAGGAUGGUUCUUCAGAUUUUGUUUCUAGGUCCAUCAAAUCUACUGGAGCCAAAUGCUAGCUUUGCUCAGAUGUCACAAAAGCUAAUUGUUUCACCAAUUGUUAAAACAUUGGUUUUCAGCAAAGUUCCUGAAAAGGUUAGAGAUUGGAUUGACAGCAUAGUUCGAGACUGGAGAUUCACAAGAAUUAUCCCUGCUCAUUUUGCAGCUCCGAUAAAUGCAAGCAGGUCAGAUUUGCUAGCAGCAUUUGCAUUUCUUGAUGAUCUCUUGGGCGAGCGCUAUGUCACUCGGCCUUCUCUCUCGCUUCUCUUCUCUUCACUAUUAGGAAAGGCUGCUAGCUAUUUCCCUCCAGAUGACAUGAGGACCCUAUCAUCCCUGGAUCAAUUCUUAGUGUCUGUUGGAGCAGUGAAGAAAACCGUCUCAGGUCGUAAAAGAUGACAGAAAAUAUACAAAUGUACACUAAUUGUUAGUACUGGAAAUGCUUUCAACGAUGAAAGCAAAGCAUUCUAUACUUGAUGAGUAAAGAAAUUGUAAUCAUAGCGUAAUAGUAAUCACGAGAGUUUAGCUUGA